GAAUGUCUGGCUUGCCAUCAACAGAAGAUUCUACUCGCAAAGACAGUAAUGAGGUUCAAAAAAGAAGUAAUCCACUUGAAAACCACACAGAUAAAUACCCGAAAGGAGAGGAGUGCCUGAAUGCAGACACUUUGCUUUCAUCUCACGGAAUGACCCCACAGAUGACUCUUGAUGCAGAGCAAUUUGGCUACAUUUGUCCUGCGCUCCUGGACCAGAUUGAAAGCAAGGCUUGUAUUGCACACAAAACUGAAGAGAAAUACUCCGCUUCCACUGUUGGGGCAGCUUGGAUCGGAGGCUUUGUGUCUGUCACCACCAUCAGUCUGCUGUCCCUGUUGGGUAUAAUCUUCAUGCCGUUAAUAAAUAAGACAUUCUUCAAGUUUCUCUUGACAUUCUUGGUUGCUUUAGCUGUUGGAACACUUAGUGGGGAUGCAUUUUUACAUCUCUUGCCACAUUCGCAAAGUGUUCAUCAUCAUGAUGUAGAAGACCAGGAUUACUUGGAUUCUGUGUGGAAAGGCCUCACUGCUCUUGGUGGUCUUUAUUUUAUGUUUCUUAUUGAACAUCUUAUUACAUUGAUUAAACUGUACAAAGGUAAAAAGAAGCACAAGAAAUCUAGUCAAGAUGAUCAGGAGAUUGAUCCUGAUAGAAAUGCAGAGCCUCAUGAAUCUCAGCAGUUAUCUAAGGAUGAAAAUCCAGACAUUAAACAGUUUGCCGAUCCGGCUGACUGUCUGGUUGAACCUAAGGAUCAGUCAAAUCUUCACUCUCUGGAUCACAGUCAGAAUUCUCUCACUCCAGAACAAGAAGUGAUGAUUGCCCAUGCUCACCCAGAAGGCAGUUACAAUACAUACGUACCCAGAGGAUGUGAAAACAAAUGCCACUCUCAUUUCCAUGACACAAUAGGAAACGCUGAUGAUUCUCAUCACCAUCACCACCGGUAUCACCAUAUUCUUCACCACCACCAUCACCAGAACCACCACCCUCAUAGUCAUGGUCACUAUUACUUUCAGGAGGAUUUGAAGGAUGCAGGAAUAGCAACUUUGGCAUGGAUGGUUAUUAUGGGUGAUGGCCUUCAUAACUUCAGUGAUGGUCUGGCUAUAGGUGCUGCUUUUACUGGAGGUUUGUCCAGUGGGUUGAGUACAUCUGUUGCUGUAUUCUGUCACGAAUUGCCACAUGAACUGGGUGAUUUUGCUGUGCUGUUGAAGGCUGGAAUGACUGUGAAACAAGCUAUCCUGUACAAUAUCCUAUCUGCCUUGCUGGGGUACCUGGGUAUGAUAACUGGCACUGCCAUUGGCCAUUAUGCUGAAAAUGUCUCCUCUUGGAUCUUUGCUGUUACUGCUGGGUUGUUCUUGUAUGUGGCACUGGUUGAUAUGGUUCCAGAAAUGCUUCACAGUGACGCUGGUGAUCAUGACUACAGUCAUGGGGCUUACUUCCUUCUACAGAAUUCUGGAAUGCUCCUGGGAUUUGGCAUCAUGCUGCUUAUAGCUGUAUUUGAACAUAAAAUUUUGUCAAUUGUAAGAUUGUGAUAUUUGCUUGUGGAUGGCCUACGGGUACUCUGAAGUACUAUAUUUGCAUCUAUUUAUUUAACUAGUGUCUGCAAUAAAGUAAUGAGGCUUUAAUGCUGUUUAAUUUGUGGUAAUGAUCUGGGAUAGUUCCCUUCUCGAUCAAGCCUGAAUCCACAUUCAUAUUUCCUUGGCCAGCUCAUGGCUGAAAACUCAACUCAACGUUGCCACACCCAUGCAUGUGCUUGCAGUGAUGUAUCCCCAGUCUCAUCAAAUUAGGACAAGUACAUUUAAAAAGAAGUACAUAAUCAGUUACAACAUGGCAGGACAAUAAGAGAAUCUGAUGAUCACCAUUGCAAUGAGAUUUUCCCACUUCCUGUAUUUCUAUUUCUCCUUCACUCAAGCCAGUUCCAGAUUGCUGCAUUCUUCCACUUUUUGGUUGGGGGGGGGGGGGGUGGGAAAUCAAAGUGUAAAAACGUAACAGACAGUUAACAUGCAAUGUGCUGAACAAAGACACUGGGAAGUUGAUUGACAAAACAGUUGUCAUGCAGAAUCCGAACCUUCAAGUACACAAUUAACAGCAAUAGCUGUCAGGGCAACUGAAAGUGGAAGAUUAAAAACUUGAGGCAUCUGAUGACUAAUAAGAGAAACAGAGACAAUUAUUGAGGGAAUUUCAGUAUUCUGUGUGAUACCCUAAGUCCUCAAAGUGGUCACAAUUUUAUGUAACGAAUUCUUGUUAUUUCUGAACUAGACACAUUUUAUCAAAACGUAUCUCUUGCACUCAUCAGGUCAAUUUUCAAGAAUACCAAUUCAAGGGGAAAAGCAUUUGUAAUGCAUGAAAGGAGAAAGUUGAUUAGUUGGUACCUGGACUCUGGUUGAGGUGUUGUCAUGGAGAAUGUACCUGUUAAUGCAGAUUGACAGUUAACUGCCAUGUUUUGUUUAAAAUUUUAAACCAGGCAAUUAUUAUUAAAGGUGGCCUUAGACUUUUCUGUUAGAACAAUGAUUGACCAAAUUUAGUGAAGAAAAAGAAUAAUUUUCAUUAGCAAAAUGUUACAAAAUUUGUACUUCCAAAUAGAAGCUGCCCCCUCCCCACCCCUCUGAUUGCUACGCAUGCAAAGAUAAUAUCUCAGUUGUUGUUACUGGAAUUCAGAUUAAUAAGACAAUUUUGCUUUUUGUGUAUAAGAAUAUUGUGAUUUUUCCAAGAGAAAACAUUAAGUUACUAAUGGUGCCAUGUUCUUAUGUUAUUGUAGCUUAUAUCUUUUUCUUGUGAAUUAUUUGUACUUCUGUUUUCAUGUCCAGUUCUAACCCAAAGCUCCUGAUCGAAGACAUUUGGCGCUGUUGGGAGUUACUUAUUAAAAAUAAUCUUGUGAUUAGAAAUGAGAUUUUAUUUAUAGAAUAAAAUCUGAGUGUAGACCAUUCCAGACCCAUUUUGUAAAAUCAAUUGGAACUUUUCAAGGAAAAGCUCAUUCCUCAGCUGCCUUCUAUAGGAAAUAGAGAAACAAAAGCUGCUGAUUACGUUAUCGUCCUGGUAAGAAUGCAGUGUAAAGUAUGCACAGGGUCUUCCUUCAAGAAUUGUGUUGAAAUUGAUUUUCCAAGAUGCACUGUAAUCUAUACUCAGUUGUGUUGUUUCAAGCUGCAUUCUGUAGUUCAGAUCACUCGAUAGUUUUUAAAAGGAUAGUACUGAUGUUUUGCAAAAUUAAAGUUUACAAUUUAAUUGUUACAAACAUUCCUUUGUUACAUGUAUUUAUAAUUAGUAUAUUGGUGUUCGCACAAGUGAACACAUUUAUAUUUAAAUAAACAAAGUAAAAAGAAUUGUGGAAGAGUGGAAAUUGUAGAAUAAGGUAAUUGGAUAAAGGAGUAAUGUAAUUGAACUUAACUGCUGGAUAUUCUACAGUUUGAAAUUUGGCCUUGGAUUUAAAACAAAUAUGUUACUGGCAAAGAGUAGGCUAACGGUUUUAGUGUAUAUGUAGUCUUACACAAAUUCCAACUUUUAACUAUACUGUUGAGUAAAAGAACUGCAAUGAGGUAAUGUAAUAAAUGCAUUGUGGGCUUAUUUCCAUUUUGUCUAUGGUUCAUAGUAAAGGUUCAAACUUUGGAAUGUACUAAAUGGUGUUACUUUAGAAAAAUAAAGUACUGUUUUCAAUUCA